GCCGAAGGAGGACCGAGGGGUUGGCGGCUGACUGGGGGGCGGGGGCUUUUGGAUGCGGCGCGGGUAGCCGGUGACUGAGAGUUACUGGAGAAGACGGAAUCGUAGCCCGCGGAAACAGCGGUUUUGGAGGUGAGGGGGGCCAAAAAAUUGUGGCUAGGGCCUUCAUUUGGGUGAGAACGACGAGGUGAACUCAAGGGUGCGGGAGUUCGGUGCCGCAACGAGGCCGUCAGCUGAGACCCGAUGAAGAAGAGCGAAUCGACGCCGGUGGUGACAGCGGUGAGGGAGGCAAUAGAAAACUGGUAGUUUUGAGUGCGUUGGAGGGUGAAUUUUCGCCUUUAAGGGUGAUACAAAGUUGACGUCUUAGAGUAUUGGAAGAAACCUUACUGCAAACGUCUUGUCAUGGAUCCCAAUGGUUAUGUGGAUGAUAAAAGUGAAAGUAGAUUGUAUAUCGGGAACCUUGAUCUUAGAAUAACAGAAGCAGCUCUUAUAAAGAUGUUUUCUCCAUAUGGGAAGAUUGUAUCUGAGGAUUUCUUAUGGCACACUCGCGGCCCCAAGCGUGGGGAGCCCCGUGGCUUUGCUUUUAUCCAGUAUAGCUCAAGAGAGGAAGCAGAACUGGCCAAGGAGAAAAUGCAUGGGAAGUUAGCUUGUGGCCGGCCACUGGUUGUUCGGCUUGCGAGUGAGAAGUGCCUGUUAGAAACAGCCACUAACUCGUCAAAAGUCACGGGAGAAGGGCACAAAAUACACCUUACCGGUAAUGGCAUGGGACAGACAAGUCGCAGUGCAAAAAUAGCUGCAAUAAAGAACAAAUUGAAAUCAAUAGAGGAGGAGAGCUCUAGGCCAAAGAAGCAGAAGCUAACUGAUGAUGUAUCUUGAAGCAAAUGUGUCAGUGAACUUUGUAUAACCAGGGAUUUGAUUCAAUGACUUGAAAAAUAUCAAUGGGCUAUAUGCCUGAAUCUGCACAAGGUCGACUCUUGUUAAGCCACCAAUAUAUGCGACUCAGCUUUUUCUUUGUUUUCCGGUCAUGACUUGGCUUUACUAUUAUCCAAAGGCUACGGUAUAUCUUUACGUGA